AUGAUUGACCCGGCUAUGCGUCGUCGGGUUAGUCACUGGACCAGAACUUUCCUUCGUCAGCGGAUUGUGGCAAAGCUUGCCGCUCUGUUGUUGGAGAAUAAGGAGUAUUCUGAAGCUUUAGCUCCGUGGUCUGAACUUAUCAAAGAGGUGAGAAGACUGGGUAACAAGUUACAUUUUGUUGAGAUUCACGUGCUUAAGAGCAAGCUCCAUGUUUGUUUGACUGAUCAUCAUGCAGCUAAAGCAGCAUUUAUUGCUUCCAGAACCGCAGAAAAUGCAAUUUAUGUUCUUCCAGCAGAUCAGGGGACGAUAGAUUUACAGAGUGGGAUUGUGCAUGCAGAGGAAAAGGACUAUAAGACAGCUUAUAGCUAUUUCUAUGAGGCAUUUGAAGCUUUGAAUGCCCUUGGAUAUCCUCAGUUCAUGUUUAGUCCAAAGUACAUGUGGCUGUGCCAAAUCAUGGUUCGCCAGGCUGAUGAUGGAACAGUUAGGAGGAGGUCUGGUUGUCCACAAGAGCCUUCGUAUCUCUAUCACACCUUGUUGGAGCAGAAUCUUUGCAGGUUCAAUGAACCCUUCUUGAGGAUAGAAAUAGCUGCUGAAUUAAUUGGGUUGCCUGCUGCUGACCAUGUCGAGAAGAAGUUAUCACAGAUGAUUCUCGAAUCUGGAUAA